AUGGCUUCUCCUAAACCUGUCAUCGUCUUCGUGCCCGGUGCAUUCAGCCGUCCUUCUGAUUAUGACCUGGUCUCGGACCCGCUACGAGAUGUCGGCUAUGAAGUCCACGUCGUCCACCAUCCCUCCUCACCCGACUUUCCGAUAGACCCGACUCCCGGUAUGUACGACGAUGCAGACAACAUUCAUCGGCUGGUGGAGACUUUAGCCGAUGAGGGCAAGGACGUCGUCAUGGUCAUGCAUUCCUACGGCGGCCUCCCAGGAACACAGGCCUGCGAGGGCCUAAGCCGGACUGAGCGGCUGCGCGCCUCCAAGCCAGGUGGAAUCGUGCGGCUCCUUUAUGUCGGGGCUGCGAUUGCGCCGGUGGGCUCCUCAAUGGCUGGCAUCCUACGGACUGACAUGCCGCUGCCCUCUAUCGAGGCUGCCCAUGGUAGGCCGUCUCUAUGGACGUCGAUCUCUCUUGCAGUAGGGGGAUUGAUCCCUCUGUCGUGGACUGCGUGGCUAUUCUCCCCGUCAUCGCUGGCUGCGUCUGUAGAGGGCCUCUGGGCUUACAACCGCAACCCGGAUAUCUUCACAGACUGGCUCCUCUCGGACAUGCCUCGAGAGGAGGCCCUGAAGUACGUCUCCGUCUCUUCUCCGGUCGCGCAGUCUGUGAAGUCCACUGUGACUCCCCUGACCUAUGCUGGGUACAAGCACAUCCCGUGCUCUUACAUGCUUACGAAGCUGGAUCGUGUCAAUUCUCCCGAGGUUCAGCGGGGGUUCAUCGAUCUUGUUGAGAAGGAGAGCGGGAGCCCGGUCGACGUUCACGAGUACGAGGUGGGACAUUGCCCCCAGCUGAGCCAGCCGCUAUUGGAGGUCGAGUGUGUGAGGCGAGUAGCUGGAGAGGAUGAGUAG